UCCCAUGUGAGCAUGUGCCCAAUGCCGGAAAAGGCGUGGUCUUUUAUUUUAUUUGACAGAAUAUCGGAUGUCUUCUGGUUACAAAGUUGGAGAAUCAUUUUGGAACAUUUUUGCACUUUGCCAAUUUAAAAAAACACGUUAUUCAGUUCUGGCAUAUAACCCAUUGAAAGCAAUGAAGUAUGUUUAUACUUUAAAAUUGCUGUUCGCACUCAAUUCAAAACAAGCGUAACUCCUGGCACGUGGAAAUUUGUUACUACUUUGGUUUAUUUGGAAAAAAGAACAACUGCAAGCACUGCGAGACAGAUGUUUCUUCUGCGGAUUCUCAUUGUUACGGUUGCAAGCUGUGCUUUGCAUUUCAUCCAACGCGGUCCAUGUGAUGAAAAGGAAUAUGAGCAUCAAGGCUUCUGCUGCCCAAAGUGUAAACCUGGUCUACGAGUUGGGGAACAUUGCACUCCAAAUAGUGGCACACAGUGCCACCCAUGCACUAACAAAUCCUACCAAGACAGUUACAACGGAGAUGAGAAGUGUAAGACAUGCAAGCUUUGUGGAGAAGGGAUGUUUCCAAUCAAAGAUUGUACAGUUACAUGUGACACCGUCUGUGACUGCUUGGAAGGCUUUCACUGCGAUAACAUCACUGCUGAUGGCUGUGGGCAAUGUACAGAGCACAGCACCUGUCUCCCAGGGGAGGAGAUGAUAAGUAAAGGAGCUUACAGGAAAGACACAGUGUGCCACCUUCUACCAAGUGGGAGUUCUAUAUCUGGAGAAGCAGCUACAAAACCAUCUGCAAAAGGGUCAGAAGAUAGUGAGACUGGACUGACUGGGUGCACAACUGGAGACACAUAUAACAUCCCAGCUAUAAUCCUAAGCCUCCUGCUUGCUAUUCAAACUGUGAUGAUUUUAAUCUGUGGGUGGACAUUUAUAGCCCAUUAUUUCCACAAAGCUUGUCGAGUUUUUUCAAAGCAGAAGACUGAUAGAAGGAACGGUGCUGAGACAGUUACUCAGGAACCCGUGCAAGAACAGGGGGCUGGAGAGUGUUUGCCUGUCUCAGUAGAAGAGGUGUCAGUGGUUAAGUCCUUGACUCACACCAGGCCAAUCCACGACUUUACAGACAAGUUGGCAAUUGGACCCACACUUAAUGCGAAAGACAUGGGAAUGGGUGAACUACAACAACUGGAUUUGAAAGCGAUGAUCUUGCCAAAAAGCUCUGUGGAAAUGUUUUCUGAUGUGGAAAAAGUGGAUGUUUCAGGGCAGUGAAGGAGCCCUCUAGCCGUUUACCUCAUCCAUGAUAAAUGUGAGCACUCUGAUCCCAGGCAGCUGCUUCAUAUGAGCUCUUCAAAACAUUUGUAUUUACAAUGGUUCAAAGUUUUGAUUCUAAGCUUAGCAUUGCUUUAAAUAUUUUCACAAACAUUUCAUAAUUCAUGUUUUAGAAAAUAACUUUUAGUUUGGGAAUUGUGAAUUUUCUUACAUUUCAAUAAAUGGAAAUACUUAGUUGAGAAAUUGGUAAAUAUGUAAUCUAAAUGCAAAUCAAACAACCCUGGGUUAAUUACAAUUAAAUUAACCUGUGUUCAUUCAAUAAGAUCAGAGUUGAUAGUGGAAGAACCUUACAGAAUGGAUGGCCCAUUUUUGAACUUUCUUUAGAGCCAUGAAGUCUACAGGUAUCUCAAUUGAGGAUUUAAACUUUUCAUGUAGUUUCCAAAUAAAACGAUGCUAAAAGCUAGUCCAGUUCAGUUUCUGGUCAAUGGUAAUCCCCAGGAUGUUGACAGAAUCUGGUGGCGAAUAACUCACCUCCUGGCUCCCCAAAGCCUGUCCACCAUCUACAAGGCACAAGU